AUGUUGGAUACUCACUCUAAAACAUUCACCAAACAAACUUUGGUUGGAUGGCCGUCGAUACCGGGUCUCAAGAGGAUGAAGAGGAAAAUUGGAUCUCGAAUGAGAAGUGGUCAGGCGCCUGGAUCUUCUUUGGCAGCUCUGGAAACCUCAUUUGAUCCAAGGGAUACCCUCAAGUCGCUAAGGGCGCAUAAAUGGUCCAUUUAUGAUGGUCAAUAUGUAUUCAUCAUUAUUCUGGGCAUUUUCUGUUUGUCCAUCAUGGAAUUCCCGGGUCCGCUCAUCAAGACUGGAGUAGCAAGUCUUUUGAUGCUUGCUAUGCUCAUGCCUAUUACAAGGCAGUUUUGGUUGCCGUUUCUUCCAGUAGUAAGUUGGUUGGUAUUUUUUUUCUCGUGCAGAUUUAUCCCAGCCGAGAUUCGUCCACAUAUCUGGGUCCGCGUUCUUCCCGCACUGGAAAACAUCAUAUAUGGUGCAAAUCUUAGCAACAUCUUAUCGGCACAGCAGAAUGCGGUCCUUGAUGUUUUGGCGUGGUUGCCAUAUGGGAUCAUCCAUUUCGCUGGCCCCUUUCUUACAGCGGCAGCGCUUUUCGUCUGGGGCGCACCAGGAACAGUGAAUGUUUUCUCUAGCAGCUUUGGAUACAUGAACAUUAUUGGUGUUUCAAUCCAAUUGUUUUUUCCAUGCGCACCGCCAUGGUACCAAAAUCUGCACGGGUUCUCCCCGGCGAACUACUCCAUGCCUGGCUCUCCCGCGGGACUUGCUCGUAUUGACAAGCUCUUCGGACUUGAUAUGUACUCAUCAUCAUUCACUGCGUCUCCUAUGGUCUUUGGUGCCAUGCCAUCCCUACACGCUGGAUGUGCUACCAUCGAAGCUUUGUUUUUAGCACAUGUCUUCCCUCGUCUUAGAUGGGUCUUUUACGGCUACAUCGCGUGGAUUUGGUGGGCAACACUCUAUCUCCAGCACCACUAUGCUGUUGAUUUGAUUGCUGGUAGUUUGCUCGCUGGUGCUGUCUUUUACGUUGCCAAGAUAAAAUUCUUGCCCCGAACCCAACUCGAUAAGGAGUGCCGCUGGGAUUACGAUUUUGUCGAAAUUGGCAACAGCUGUUCCUACGAUCUCACCUACAGCCUUCAUGAUUUCGAUGGUGACUACCACUCUGAAGAUGACGAGUGGACCUCGGCAUCUUCUUCGUCCGUUUCCUCCGGGUGCAGGACUCCGGUGGAUGACACUGCCGGAUUCUGGGAGUCUGCGAAUGAAAUCUCUAAUAUUGAGGAAUCGGAUCGCGUAUGA